ACUUAGAAUUUAUGAAAUGAAUCGUUUUGCUUAUGUGGAGGCUCGUCUGAGUUCCAACGAAACGUUCGUCAGCCGCGACAGUAGAGUGAAAAUCUUCGAUGGGGACCAGAAAACAGACUUUGAGGAGGGCGAGGUGGUGCUGACAACACACAGACUGUUUUGGGGCCGUCCUGGAGAAAUUGCCAGAGCCGCCGUAACCCUCUGUCUGCCACUAAGCUAUGUGAUAUCGCUCGGGGAGGAAACGACAGCCUCGAAUUUCUUUGGCCGCAAGACCCGCAUAAUAUUGCACUUGCGUCCGCCUGGCCCUGACAAGAUGCCUGGCCCCCUGGACACCAGUCGUGCAACGCACAUCAAACUGUCUGGAAAGAAUGGCCUAAGCAUGGAGUUCCACAGCGCACUUCGGGAGACUCUUAAUGCCCGCAUCUGGGAGAUCUCCCUCACCAGCGAGACCAUCAUCAAGGGAGUGGACAGAAGUCCGACGUCUGACCCGGUAAACGAUAGAUUGGCUCGUAUUCAGAAGCGUACAGGCAUCGGAGGCAUUGAGCGGCACCUGGAGGCGAAAGCUAAGGCCACAGAUGAGAACAUCGCACUAGCCUUCCAGGACCUCAGUGUUCUCAUGACCAUGGCCAAGGAUAUGGUGGGCCUGUCCAAGACAAUCAGCGGCAGAAUACGCGAGCAAAAAGGCGAAAUAUCCGACGAUGAGACGGUGCGUUUCAAAUCCUACCUCAUGAGCCUGGGAAUUGAUGAUCCUGUGACGCGAGACAACUUUACCAGCAAUUCGGCGUAUUUUUCCAGCUUAGCACAACAAAUUUGCCAGAUGCUGAUCGAUCCUAUUGAGGAGCAUGGAGGUAUGAUGUCCCUAGCAGAUGUCUAUUGCCGCGUGAACAGGGCUCGCGGCCUGGAACUGCUCUCGCCUGAGGACUUGCUGCAUGCCUGUGAACAGCUGAGGGGUCCAAUCCGAUUGAGGAGCUUCCCCAGCGGCGCCAGGGUGCUGCAGCUGGAGUCGCACGACGAUGACUUGAUUGCCAUUGACACCCUGGAGAAGGUGCAGGCAGCUGAAUCUCUGGCCGUAGAGGAGCUGGCCAAGCAGCUGGGCAUCUCUCUGCUGUUGGCCAAGGAGCGACUGCUGGUCACCGAGCGCCUGGGCAAGGUGUGUCGUGACGAGUCUAUCGAAGGGCUCCGCUUCUAUCCAAAUCUGCUGCUGCAACGAGACUAAACGAUCUGUGAAUCUGUGCUUGUUACUAGAUAUUCUAAAUAAAUAAUUCUUAUACAAUAGUAA